AUGGGAAUGAGUGAUACCCCGGGCAGGCCUCUGAAAAACAGCAAGUAUUCGUUCCUUUUAGAAAAUUCAUCACACGUACAUAACGUCUUUCUAAUAAAUUUCGUUUCAGGUCAGGGCCGUGUGAACCAGCUUGGCGGAGUGUUCAUAAACGGCCGUCCACUUCCAAACCACAUACGUUUAAAGAUCGUCGAAAUGGCGGCCGCCGGUACGCGUCCCUGCGUUAUCUCGCGGCAAUUGAGGGUGUCGCACGGAUGCGUAUCAAAAAUUUUGAAUCGCUACCAAGAGACUGGAAGCAUACGACCGGGCGUAAUCGGCGGAUCGAAACCGCGCGUCGCGACCCCAGAGGUGGAAAAUCGGAUCGAGCAGCUUAAGCGUCAAAAUCCCGGAAUUUUUUCGUGGGAAAUAAGAGAGAGACUGGUCAAGGAAGCCGAUCUAAACUUGACCUCGCCAACGCCCGAAGCGGAUCCUCCUGGGGAAGGUAUUCCAGAUCCGCCGAGCGUUAGUUCCAUUAGCAGAUUAUUGCGAGGUGGUGGAAGACGUGAUGAGCUCGACUGCAAAAAGGAUUAUACAAUUGAUGGGAUACUCGGAGGUAGAGAAGAUGAGAGUGACACCGAGUCGGAACCUGGAAUUCCCCUGAAACGCAAACAACGACGUUCCCGGACAACAUUCACAGGCGAGCAAUUGGAAGCACUAGAAAGAGCGUUCAGUCGGACGCAGUACCCAGAUGUUUAUACAAGGGAAGAAUUAGCGCAACAGACCGGAUUAACGGAAGCUCGAAUACAGGUGUGGUUUUCCAACCGAAGGGCGCGAUUACGAAAGCACGCCGGUAACGGCAAUCCGGCGACGACGCUCAGCUUCGCAUCUCUACCUUUAGCGAAUAUGACCUGCCAGUACACGUCCGACGCGGCCCAGCACGAUUGGAAAAACUCCCAGUUCGUCAACUACAACAUGCUCCAGCAGACGUCGUUCAAUUCGAACAGCCAGGACGUCGCCCGCGCCGAUUACGCUACGAUAUUCGACGCGAACUACGCGAUGGCGCACGCGCACACCCAGGCGCACUCCCAAGUCAACAACCCGAUGAUGCACCGGAUGAAGGAGGUCGACGACAAGGCGAACCAAAGUAACCCGCACGGGUCCAUGUGGGGCAAGAAUAUGGAGUGGGGUUCGCUCCCGAUGAACCUGCAGCCGGAAAACCUGUCUUAUAAUAUUAACGAUAUGUUUGGUGCCUCCCAGUAUACGGUUAAUGCCGCUAAAAAUUAUUGGGCUUAGCUUGUUUGUUAUAUUUAAAAAUACUUUCUGUACAUAUCUUUCAUUAAUAUAAGGUAUUCUGU